GGUCUUUCUCAAUCUUGCUUUUACUUCCAUCAUGUUGAAGAUGGAGAUGACGACCAGCGUAUGCGAUGACUCCACAUGAAGUGGCACUUAUGAUUGAAAAUGAUGAAAAUGGAUGGAGUCAAGCAGGAUGAACAGGUUCAAGGGCAUUUAGGAGCGUGGGGGACUUGUGGAUUGGAGCACGAGACGGGACGGGAUUCAUUGGAAUGGAUGAUAACGAAAAUGCCUGAACAGACCGGGAGGCCCGUGGGUCAUUUGUAUAGAGGUUUACGGAGGCUGAGAUACCCCAUCGUCAUCUUGUUAUGCUCUUUUGGUUUAGAUGAUUUUCUUUUUCUUCUUUUGCAUUUACUUGGACCAUCUUUGAUUCCAUGCAUGGCCCAGGGGUGAUGAGAAUUGGCAGUACGUGCAUAUGAGAGAUCCGAUAUACCCUCAGCGGUGGUGUUCUUCGUUUUUUUUUACCUUUAUGA